CGGCGUUCUGGGACAAGCUCUCUCACUCCUGACUUCCGCUUCCCUAGAGUCUGGAGUCCAGGCCUUCCCCAUUUUUCUGGCGACCGACCAUGUUUGGCCUGAGAAGGAACGCGGUAAUCGGCCUCAACCUGUACUGCGGGGGCGCCAGCCUCGCGGCAGGCGGCAGUUCUCCGGCGGGAGCGCGCCUGGUGGCCGAGGAGGCCAAGGCACGGUGCGAGGGGGGAGGGGAGGCCGGCGCGGGCUCGGGCGGAAGUGUGAGCGGCCCUGCAGCCCUGCUGCCAGACGCGCGGAGGGUCGCGCGGCCGCCGCCCAUUGGCGCCGAAGUCCCCGACGUCACCGCGACCCCCGAGAAGCUGAUGCUCUUCCCAGCGGGUCGUGCGUCGCCGCCUGAGGACAUGGCCGCGCCGGCCGCCGCCAUCAUGUCUCCUGAGGAGGAGUUGGACGGCUACGAACCCGAGCCGCUCGGGAAGCGGCCGGCCGUGCUACCCCUGCGGGGGCUGGUCGGCGAGGCGGCGAAGAGCUCGGGCACUGACGGCUCGCUGCCCUCCACGCCGCCGCCGGUCGAGGAGGACGACGAGCUGUACCGCCAGUCGCUGGCGAUCAUCUCCCGGUACCUGCGCGAGCAGGCCACAGGCGCCAAGGACGCGAAGCCUCUGGGCGGGGCGGGGGCGGCGGGCCGGAGGGCGUUGGAGACCCUUCGGCGAGUGGGCGACGGUGUGCAGCGCAACCACGAAACGGCCUUCCAAGGCAUGCUUCGGAAACUGGACAUUAAAAAUGAAGAUGAUGUCAAAUCUUUGUCUCGAGUGAUGGUCCAUGUUUUCAGUGACGGCGUAACAAACUGGGGCAGGAUUGUGACUCUGAUUUCUUUUGGUGCCUUUGUGGCCAAACACUUGAAGAGCAUAAACCAAGAAAGUUGCAUCGACCCAUUAGCAGAAAGUAUCACAGAUGUUCUUGUAAGGACAAAACGAGACUGGCUAGUCAAACAAAAAGGCUGGGAUGGGUUUGUGGAGUUCUUCCACGUACAGGACCUAGAAGGCGGCAUCAGAAAUGUGCUGCUGGCUUUUGCAGGUGUUGCUGGAGUAGGGGCUGGUUUGGCAUAUCUAAUAAGAUAGCCUUGUAAGUGCAAUAGGUGACUUUUACCCAACUCCAGCCACCAAAACUUCAUGCUUCUGUGAAAACAUGUAUUUAUGAAGUUGGACUGGAAGCUGCCCAAGCUUUAACAAUCCAGGAGUUCCACUCUAGCAACAUAGCCAGAAAGCAAGUGGCUACAGGAUUAUGGCUAACCAAGAGUAAAUACAUGGGAAAAGUGCUCCCUCUUGAAGAGUUAUUAUGAAAGAAGCAGAGUUCACUCAGCAGACUUUGGGAGGCUGUGGAGGAGGGCUUAUAGAUUGAAUGGAAGUGAAUGGGUGGAAGAUUGAAUUUGUCUAGACCGAGAAGAGUGGCCAGUAGAGUCAGGCUAGUCAUAGAAGUCAAUAAAUACAGAAUUCUUUAAAUUUCUGUAGUAAGGAGCACUAACAGUGGGAGUGACCAGUGCAAAAUGGACUUACCAUUUUGUAAGUAACCAAACUAUGACUAGACGCCUCAGUACUGUACAAGUAUGUGAAGGGCUGCUUUCUCUCUGAUCAGCUCCCAGGUGUGUGUGAAGACAGGAGUCCAAGUGUUCAGGACUUUUAUACCUACCUGUUCAACUUUGGCUUGGUUUUGGUGAUUCUGUUUUAUUAGCCUCUAAUGUCCAAAAAUACUUGACUUGUUCACUAAUUAGUUAUAAAACUGAAUAGCCUCAAUUUUUAAGACUGAAACAACUUGUAAAUGUAUUUGUCUGUAAAAAUUGUAUAUAUUUUUACAGAAAAACUAUUUCUUUGAAUAUAAAGAUGGAAGUCUCAAAUUUCGUCUUUUUCGUACCCUUUUCAAGCUUCUAUAGUUAGAAAUCUAUUUCUUACGGCUUUUCUAGACUUUGUCACAAUCAGUUCUAUAUAGAGAACCAGUUGUGUGUAUGUGGAACAGAUCAGAUUCAGUAACUAUGCAGGCUUAAUUUUCCAAUUUGAUCUUGGUAAGUAUUUAAGGAUCACAGGUAGAUGAAAGAUAUUUGAUCUAGUGUUUACUUAAUAAAUUGUAAAAUGGCUUGAAAAAGCAGGCUAGACUCUUAACCAUGGUGCUAUUUACAGGGUUUGCUUGUUUAACACAAGUUUAAGCCUAGUGGUCUCAAUAAAACAAAUGUGUAUUGUUCUUUUCUACUAAUGAUUCCCAAGCUUUGUUUUUGGAUUUUUGUAUUGGCCUCCCUGGAUGUCACACCUGGUUGAUUGUAACUAUUGAACUUAACCUUUAUUUCCUGUCCUUCUUUGAAGUGUUUGCUUGUUUGUUAUACCCCCUCUAUUCCCUCUACAGAUAAUUUAUAAUCUGCUUCUACAUUUUUCUGCCUUCACUGAACUCUUACUGACCAUUAGUUUUCUGCACUGUGAACCACCCUAACUGGGAACCUAAGUAAUCUCCCCUCCCAUCCUACUGCAGCCAACAGACCUUCCUCUUAUA